AUGGCGGACGAUCAGUGGUUCCAUGGUGCCGCGCUGUCAGACAUCGGUCGGCCGUCGUCAGACCCGCCAUCAGCGGCGUCAAGCACGGGUCCUCCUCCGCAAACCGGCCGAAUGUCGGCCGGCACUCGCCGGACCGUCAAAGGUGCCGGCUCUGGCACUCCGUCAAAAGGAGCGGCAGGCGGGAUGACGGCGGGGAAGAAACGAAUGGCCGCGGUAACGGAAAAGGCCGUCGGGCUGAAGGAUCGAUUGCGGCAAGCGAGGGAGGAGGUGUUGGAGCUGAGGCAGGACGCGUGCGACAUGCAGGAGUAUGCCUCCGCCAAGCUUGCGCGCGCGCAGACGUACCUGCAGCUCCUGGCCAAGAAGGCCCACGGACUCGACCAGGUGGCACAGGAGGCGGAGUCAAAGGUAGCGCCUCUGAAGAAGGAGCGCCGGCGGCUCUUCAACAGCCUCAUCCAGUCCAAAGGCAACAUCCGAGUGGUGUGUCGCGUGCGCCCGGCAUUCGAGCACGAGGAUUCUCUCGCGCUCUCCUUCCCAGACGAAACCACCAUCCGCAUCAACCCCUCUGCGUCCGUCGCUGCCACUGCUUCAGCCAGUGCGGGCAGAGCAGGGUCUCCUGGGUCCUUGGGUGGUGGGGGUGGCAGCAGCGGGCUGGCAAAGAGGGACUAUGAGCUGGAUCACAUUUAUGGACCGCAUGUGGGGCAAGGCGAUCUAUUCGUGGACGCGGUGCAGCCCAUGGUGCAGGCUGUGAUGGACGGCUUCAACGCCUCCAUCAUCGCGUACGGGCAGAGCGGCUCGGGGAAGUCACACACCAUGGAGGGCCCAUCUCACGAUCGCGGCGUCUUCUACCGAGCGUUUGAUGAGAUUUACGAUCUUGCCAACUCAACCUACGCCCCCGCUGACAGCUACACCUUCCACGUCAGCGUGCUCGAGAUGUUCAAUGAGCAGCUGAGCGACCUGCUGGUGAACCCCUUGCAGGCCGGCCAUGGGUCCUUGGGCAAGUACUGCACGCACACCACAACUACCCGGGUGGUGAUAGUGCGAGUGCAUCACGGCGACCCAGUGACAGGAGAGCAGCAGAGCAGCAAGCUGCUGCUGGCGGAUCUCGCCUCCAGCGAGCGCCUCCUCCGCCUCAUCCAACCCUCCGGCCAUCCACCGUCCCACUGGCCGCUCUGUGUGUGGCUGCACCUCAGGGUGGUGAUACUAGUGCACGUGAUGGCCGAGAAGCUGAUCGCAAAUGGCAUACCCUGCCCCCUCCACCCCGACCAACACUCCCUCUCGCCCUCUGAAUCCCCACCAGGGUGGGGUGGUGAUUGUGCGAGUGCAUCACGACGGCCCAGUGACAGGCGAGCAGCAGGACAGCAAGCUGCUGCUGGCGGAUCACACCCACCCCUCCCCCCCUCCCCCCUUUCCCCCCUUUCCCCCUUCACUGUACACACCAGGGUGGUGAUAGUGCGAGUGCAUCAUGACGACCCAGUGACAGGAGAGCAGCAGGACAGCAAGCUGCUGCUGGCGGAUCUCGCCUCCAGCGAGCGCCUCCUCGCCUCCUCCUCUGCCUCGGGGGACCGCCUCACCGCCUCGCUGCACGUGCAGAAAUCCUUCUCAGCGCUGGGCGACUGUCUGUCUGCACUCACGGGCAAGCGUCCCACCGUGCCGUACGGCAACUCCAAGCUCACCAUGCUGCUCUCCGACUGCCUCGGUACCUGGAUUAGAAUGUUUAUGCCUGUGCUUCUCCUCUUCCUCACGUUCCCCCCCUUCACACUCUCCCUCUCUUUUAAACCGGCAGGCGGUGAGGCCAAGCUGCCAGGCGGCGGGGCCAAGACGGUGGUGGUGGUGACGUGCAGCCCGCGGUGGGGCCAAGACGGUGGUUGUGGUGACGUGCAGCCCGUCAAUGCCCGGAUGUGGCAGAGUCGGUGGCUAAGCCCGUCCGCAUCCCCACUUGUGUCUACCUCCUCUCUCUCCUCCUCCCUCACCUUGCCAGGAGGUGAGGCCAAGACGGUGAUGGUGGUGACGUGCAGCCCGUCCGUGAAGGACGUGGCAGAGUCGGCUCUCUCGCUGGCCUUUGCUGCCCGCUCGCGCAACUCCGAGCUCAGCCUCGGCACUCAGCGAGAGGCAGACAGCAGAGGCGCAGCAGGAGCUGCUGCUGCUGCUGCUGCUGCCAUAUGUGUUGAGUUUCACCGUGAUUUCCUCCCCCUCUCCCCCCCCAUCUUUCCUCCCCAGGCGAAUGAUGCAAGGAGGGAGGUGUUUGAGAGCGAGAGGCAGACAGCAGAGGUGCAGCAGGAGGUGCUGCGGCUGAAGGACGCCCUAAGGGCGAGCGAGCAGACGGGGUGUGUGCUGCUCACCGAGCUGCAACGCGCCUGGGCCCAGGCUGGCCUGGUGGAGGCGCAGCACCACGCUGAAGUGGAGCGGCUCAUGGCUGAGGUGGCAGCAGGGGUGGAGGCACAGCGGCGGAUGGAGGAGGAGUGGGAGACUCGAGCAGUGCUGGAGGGGGCUAAGACCGUGAGGGAGCACGAGGAGGAGAUGGAGCGCGUGCAGCAGCAACACAUUGCGGAGAUAGAGGCGUACAAGGUCCAAGUGGAGCAGCUGCACGGGCGGCUGGCAGAAGCAGCCGAAAUGGCGGCGACGGUGGCGGCACUGCGCCGCCCGCAGGAGGAUUCAGCGGAGGUGGCGGAGCUGCGGCAGCGGUAUGAAGCAGCGGUGCAGAAGAUGACAGCUUAUAAGAACGAGCUGGAGAAGAGUGAAGCGCUCACCAGGGUGUGUAUGGGCCACCGGGUGCAGGGAGAGAGCCACUGCAGUGCAGGGAGAGAGCCACUGCAGUGCAGGGAGAGAGCCACUGCAGUGCAGGGAGAGAGCCACUGCAGUGCAGGGAGAGAGCCACUGCAGUGCAGGGAGAGAGCCACUGCAGUGCAGGGAGAGAGCCACUGCAGUGCAGGGAGAGAGCCACUGCAGUGCAGGGAGAGAGCCACUGCAGUGCAGGGAGAGAGCCACUGCAGUGCAGGGAGAGAGCCACUGCAGUGCAGCGCUGAGCUGAAUGCGGAGAAUGCCAGUCUGCUGUCUCGCCUCGAGGCCACCAACAGUGCACUGGCUGCUCUCGAGAAUUCCGCCCUCAUGAAGGUGGACGCUCACGUCCAGGCUCAGGCUCAGGCACAGGCAGUCACUGCGAAUGGCACAGCGGGACAUGGGGAUGGAGGCGCAGGGGCAGGCGACGGGACUGUGGUCCAGCAGCAGCAGCAGCAGCAGCAGCAGCAGCAGGGGCAGGGGAAUGGAGGGAAGCAGGGGGUUCCUGCUGCCGCUGCCGCCGCUGCUGCUGCUGUUACGAGAGUGGGUGCAGGGGGGUUGCAGUCGCAGCAGCAGGUGGGGAGCGGUGGUGGGGAGUGGGAGAGGCGGAGGGACGAGGUGGUGGGGCGGAUGAAUAGGGUGAUGGUGGAUGCGCAGAGCGAUGCUGCUGCUCUGGCUGAGGAGAGCAACGCGUGCUUGAGAGAGAUGCUCACAGCUGUCGCCGCUUUGCCAGCUGGCAGCGAGGAGGAGGGGCGGGCAGCAGAGGAGGUGCGGGCGGCGGUGGUGGCGCUGCUGGCGUGGGCGCAUUCCAAGGCGCUCUCUCUUGAAUGGCCGUUCGUGUCGUGCGCCCGCCUGCUGCUGCUGCGCGUGCUGCGCUCCAAGUCAGCCGAUGUGCAGUCCAGUAAAGUCCCGGCAAUCGAGCGGUUUUUGGAGAAAGCCCUACCCCAGCCGGCCAAGCCCGCUCUGCAGAAGAGCUCCACCUUCGCACUGCCCACCACCGCCACCCCCGCGCCCGGCUCCACCCUCCGCACGUUCCGCCUCGACCUCAAGCUGCCGGGGGGGGACAAGGGGGCAGCGGGCGCGGGCGCAGGAGGUGGGGGGAGUGCGAGCAUUGCGGACCGGCGGGGCAGUGCAUCGUUCCGCCUGCCGUCGUUCCGAGCCGGUGGGAAGAAGGCCGCGGGCGCAGGAGGGAACUCUGCGGUUAAGGUGUCAGAGGCACGGAUCAGGGAAAUCCGGCAGGAGGCAGCAGACCACGCCAAGGGACACAAGGAGCUAGCCCUAGUGUUCGCUCACGUUGCUACCGCCAAACCCACCGCCACCACCACCACCACCCCGCUCUCCCACCCCUCCUCGCUCCCCGCUGACCUCAUCGCCCGCGUCGCUGACGUCACCAGCCUGGAGCAGCGAGUGCUGCAGUGGAUCGGAUCGCAGUUUGGAUUCUGGGCGGCGAGCGAGCCGCCCAGGGACGCGCAGGAGGACGUGGUGGCGGUGGCGGCGGCGGUGGUGGAGGGGUGGCGGGAGGGGCUGGGCACGUUCAUGAGAUACAGUGAGGAUGCUCUGGGGCAGGUGCUGGCUGAUUGGAGCUUCCGGCAAUACCGGUCUCAACUGGGCAACCUCAAGGUGCUGGCUGACUGGAGCUUCAGUCAGCUGAGCAACCUCAAGCGAGGACGCCUUGGGGCGGGUGCUGGCUGGCUGGAGCUUCAGACAGUAGAGGUCACAGCUGGGGAACCUCAAGCCGGGGGCGUGGGCUCGUCCCUGCUGGUGGAGGAAGCGGACGACAUGGAGCAUGUGAUCAAGCUGCGCCUGGGCUUGAAGGCAGACGUGGGUUCCUCCUUGCUAGUGGAAGAGGCGGACGACAUGGAGCAUGUGAUCAAGCUGCACCUGGGCUUGAAGGCAGACGUGGGUUCCUCCUUGCUAGUGGAAGAGGCGGACGACAUGGAGCAUGUGAUCAAGCUGCGGAUAAGUUUAGUGGAGGACGUGGGCUCGUCCCUACUGGUGGAGGAAGCGGACGACAUGGAGCAUGUGAUCAAGCUGCGUCUGGGCCUUGAGGCAGACGUGGGCUCGUCCCUACUGGUGGAGGAGGCGGACGACAUGGAGCAUGUGAUCAAGCUGCGCCUGGGCCUUGAGGCCGACGUGGGCUCGUCCCUAUUGGUGGAGGAGGCGGACGACAUGGAGCAUGUGAUCAAGCUGCGCCUGGGCCUUGAGGCCGACGUGGGCUCGUCCCUAUUGGUGGAGGAGGCGGACGACAUGGAGCAUGUGAUCAAGCUGCGCCUGGGCCUUGAGGCCGACGUGGGCUCGUCCCUAUUGGUGGAGGAGGCGGACGACAUGGAGCAUGUGAUCAAGCUGCGCCUGGGCCUUGAGGCUGUGAGGCACAAGCGCGCCAAGCUGCUGAGGGAUGUGGCAGCCGAUGCUUCCCUGGGGGCGCACAGGGAGGAGCUGCUGGAGGGGCAGAAGCGGUGGGAGGCGGAGGGCGGUGUCAAGGAGGAGAGCAGAAUUGGGUCUCUCGCUGCCCUUGAGAAGAUUUUCCGUGCAUGUCAGGACGCGAUGGAAGCGCUGUCAGCCUCGCGCAUGCCGGCAGACCAAGAGGUUAAUGGCAUGCGGGAGGGGCUGGCGAGGCAGCAGCGGGAGGAGUUGCCGGUGCUGGCAGGGCCAGACAAGAUGGUGGGCGAGCAGAUCAUCGCUUAUGCCCUGCAGUUCUUCCCCGUGAGUGCCGGGGUUGGGGGUUUGGGGGGUUCAGGGAUCCUGGCUUUGUUGAGGGAGCAACAGCAGGGGCCGCCCUUGGGUGCUGGCAAGAUGGUGGGCGAGCAGAUCAUCGCCUAUGCCCUGCAGUUCUUCCCUUUUUUUCGUCCCAAUCCUCGCUCCCUCGUGUCCCGUCUGCCUGCCUGCCUGUCUGUCUCCAGCCGGUUUCGGAAACCAGUGGUGCUGUCAGUGCGGCAGGUUCCCUCCCAGCACCACCAGCACCACGAGCAGCAGCAGCACAGCGGCAAUCAGGAGCAGCAGGAGGGUGGUGGUCUCUCAAGGCGUCUCUUUCACGACGGUGAGCAGGCAGGCGCCCCGCCUGCUUCCCAUGCCGGUGCUGCCUCCUCUCCUGCCCGACACUCCACCUCUUCUGCUGCUGGUACUGCUGCUGGUGCUGCUGCUGCAGCACACCACCCGUCCUCCCCGUCGCGCCACAGUGCCACUGGUUCCCCCUACCGCCGCCCGUCUUCCCCCUCGCGCCGCCCCUCCUCUCCCUCCCGCUCGUCCCUCUCCCAACUCGCACCGUCCCAAGGAGGCCCGGCACUGCAAGAGAGGGCAGGAGCAGGGGGGGCAGCAGCAGCAGGGAAUGCAGGGGCAGGGGGUGCAGGAGCAGGGGGGAGCUCCCUGUGGAGUCAGGUGACAGGGCUGGUGGAUGGGCUGGGGCGAGGCACGGGAGAGGGAGCAGAUGGAGGAGUGGGAGAGGGAUUAGGACGGGAAGGGGGAGGUGAGAGUGCUGCUGCUGCUGGCCUGUCUACGGAAGGGGAGAGGGUCGGUAUGCCAGCCACAGCAGUAGGAGCAGGAGGCGCAGGGGCAGCAGCAGGAGGAGGAGGAGGAGGAGGGGCAGCAGCAGCAGGUAGUGUGGCGGCAAGGCAGGAGGAGGUGCGGAGGAGGGCGGAGCAGGAGGGGGUGAGAGAGUGGACGGCGGUGCAGCUGAACAGUGCGGAGGGGCCGCUUGUCAUCAAGUGCGGCGCCACGCACCACCUCCAACUCGCCAUUAAAUAUUCCUCCACUGCUGCCGACACUGCCGGUGGUGCUGGUGCUGGUGGUGCUGCUGCGUUUGCAGCUAAGACCACAUCAGGGUCUCUCGAACCGGACACUCUUUCGGUCCUCCCCGACCCGUCCUCCCUCUCUGGGCUUUCUCUGGACCGGAUCCGAUCGGUUCUUUUGCCGCUCCUCCCUGCUCCCAUCGUCCACGUCAUCGUCGCCAAGUCAGCGAAUGCCACGCGGGCGCGGUACGGCCGGAUCCACUCCACCCUCGCCGCCCGCGUGCCGGUCCUACGUGGCGCGCCCAGCAGCACCGGCCCCGCCACGUCUCGCGCUGCGGAGUCGCCAACCACUGUCGCGCGGCCAACUGGCAGCUACAGUGCCGCGAGCACUCCCGGGCGGGGGGUUUCGUCUGGUGCGGGGUGGGGAGGCGGGGUGAAAGGAGGAAGGAGGAGCACGGGGGUAGGGGGCGUGGGGGGGUCGAUAGGAGGGAGAGGGGAUGUUGUAGAGCUGGAAGGGAGGAGCUGGUCUAGAGGGGCAUCUCUUGCCAACUCAGUCGCUGCCACUCCCAUUUCAUCAAGCCCAUUGCAUGGGCCGUUACGAGGGGGAGGAGGGAUGGUGGGAGGGAGUGUGCGCAUGAGUCUAGAUGCCGGUGCUGGCGGGGACGGGGGAGGAGGAGGCGGAGGAGGGGCGGGAGGGAAAGCCUUGAAGAAAAGUUCGAGCAUGCAUGAGUUUCCGGAUGGCUUGUAG